AUCACAUCCAGCUGUCCUCCUGAAUUAGCCGCGGCUUCGUGAACUAAGAUUAAUACACACUCUGAACACACUCCAAUGUAGCAGAGAGGAACAAGGCACUGUGAAGGAAGAGGAAAAUACUGCUUUGCCUUUGAUGAACUCACAGUGAAAGGAGAACACAUUCUGACGGAAAAUUACGUUUCUUCAACGCUCCUUAGUGGUUUGUCCCCGGACGUCCAGAUGCCUUGUGUCCGUUGUCACGCCAGCGUGCGAGAUCGCCCCCUAGACUCCUUGACCCAGGAAAACAACCUUGUCCUCCCAUGUCUGAGUCUCACCAUGUAAUGCAGACAGAGAGGGGAGUUGAGAAUCUGUCUGCUACAGGAUAUGAGUGGUGAUCAGUCUGCCACAGACGACCAGACCUGCCUGCAGGGAGGAGGGGAGGAGCAGAGAGCCAUGCAGCCUCAGUCUGAGGAACUCUUGACCAGGAAACUAAAGGCCCUGGACGGCAGCAUGGGGCCCCCAGCCCAGGGGACACAGCAGGGCAACAAGCCUGAUGGUGGUGGUGGUGGGGGAAAGACCAACGAGACAGGGGAGACAGGGGGGACAGGGACCCCGGCCAUGCCCAAGAUGGGUAUCCGAGCCUGGGCUACAGACUGGCCUCCCGCCCCCCGGAGGGAAAUCUGUGAUGGAGGAUGCCAAAACUCCCCCAAAUACGACAGCAUCGUCGUGGCGUUCCAUAACGACCAGCAGCCUCUCGAACAAUCAGGAGCGGUGAUACAGUCACAUGACCAGCCCCCUGUAGACUCUGACUACGGUGAAGCUGUUGAGUCGGGGGAGGAUCCCAGGUACAGUCUGGCCGACCUAAUAGGACGCUCCCCUCUAAAGGGGGCGGGGCUCCAUCCCAUCCGCCAACGUUCCAACAGUGACGUCACCAUCAGUGAUAUCGACAGCGAAGACGUUAUAAUAGACGGUACUGCAGUGAACCCCAACACCGGCGCAGCGCUUCACCGGGAGUACGGUAGCACCUCCUCUAUCGACCGGCAGGGCCUGAGCGGGGACGGCUUCCAUACGCUGCUACGGGGUUACCGUGUCGACACCUUAGACCACACCCUCCACACCCUGACACACCCACAUCACUCCAUGCCCCGCCCACUGCUGGGCUUACCUGAGCUGCUGCAGCGCUGUGACACCUCCCUCUCCCCCAGCCUGCAGACGGCCACCCAGAUCUCCAGAGGGGAGAUAGUGAUGAUGGCAGGGUACGACUACGUGGAUCCCUCCAUCUUCUACUCCAGAGAGCGAGAGAAGAACUUCAUGGGACGCCUGAGGUCUGACUCAUCUGAGACCUCUGUGUUCAGGAAGCUGAGGACCAUCAAGAGCGAAGGAGACGGGUUCAGGCUGUCUCUGGAUCAAGAUGACAGGAGAAGCUUCCAGAAGUGUUUUGCCCACUACGACGUGCAGAGUAUCCUGUUCAACAUCAGUGAGGCUGUGGCCAGUAGGGCCACUCUCAGCCAGAGGAAAAACACAACCACUGGCGCCUCGGCUGCUUCACACUACCACGCUGGAGCCAGAGGGGGUAGUGGAGCUCCAGGUUUAGGGCCGGGAGGUGGCCCGGGGACAGGGGUAGGACUGGGGGCAGAUGGAGGCCUGGGACGUGGUCUUAGUAGUGGAACUACCAAUACCUCCAUGUUUGAGUCUCCUCUGGGUUCCCGAGAAGACCUGAACCCCAAGGAGAACCUGGACCAGGACGAGGGCGACGGGAAGAACAACGGACUAGUCCUGGGGUGCCCCCACUUCCGUAAUGAGAUCGGUGGAGAAGGGGAGCGCAGGAUCAGUCUCUCCAGGGCUAACAGUGCCUCUUACAGCGGCGGAGGAGAGAGCUGCAGCUUCGAGUCCUCUCUCUCGUCCCACUGUACCAACGCUGGGGUGUCGGUGUUGGAGGUCCCUCCAGAGAGCCAGCCGAUACACAGAGAGAAGGUCAAGAGAUACAUCAUAGAACACAUUGAUCUGGGAGCGUUCUACUACCACAAGUUCUUCUAUGGGAAAGAACACCAGAACUACUUCGGAGUGGAUGAGAACCUGGGUCCAGUAGCAGUCAGCAUCAGGAGAGAGAAGCUGGAUGAAGGGAAAGAGAAGGAAUGGAUGCAAUAUAACUACCGGGUCACCUUCAGGACCAGUCAGUUAACAACCCUACGUGGGGCAAUCCUGGAGGAUGCGGUCCCCUCCACAGCGAGACAUGGUACAGCCCGAGGCCUACCUCUUAAAGAGGUUCUGGAAUAUGUGAUGCCUGAACUCAACAUCCAUUGUCUCCGUCUGGCCCUCAACUCCCCCAAGGUCCCCGAGCAGCUCCUCAAACUGGAUGAACAGGGGUUGAGUUUCCAGCACAAGGUGGGGGUGCUGUACUGUAAGGCAGGCCAGAGUACAGAAGAAGAGAUGUACAACAACCAAUCAGCUGGUCCCGCCCUCGAUGAGUUCCUCGACCUAUUGGGACAGAGAGUGAAACUGAAGGGAUUCACCAAGUACAGAGCACAGCUCGACAACAGGACUGACUCAACAGGAACCUACUCCCUGUACACCACCUAUAAGGACUACGAACUGAUGUUCCAUGUGUCAACCCUGCUCCCCUACACCCCCAACAACAGACAACAGCUCCUGAGGAAGAGGCACAUAGGGAACGACAUUGUGACCAUUGUGUUUCAGGAACCGGGGACUCUGCCCUUCACCCCUAAAAACAUCCGCUCUCACUUCCAACACGUCUUUGUCAUCGUCAAGGUCCACAACCCCUGUACUGAGAACGUCUGCUACAGCGUUGCUGUCUCUCGUUCUAAAGAUGUCCCUCUGUUCGGCCCUCCAAUCCCCAAGGCAGUGACCUUCCCCAAGUCCGCUGUGUUCCGAGACUUCCUAUUGGCCAAGGUCAUCAAUGGGGAGAACGCCGCCCACAAAUCUGAGAAGUUCCGUGCCAUGGCAACCAGAACGCGCCAGGAGUACCUCCGCGACCUGGCCGAGAACUUCGUGUCCACGGCGACCAUGGACUCGGCUGUGAAGUUCAGUUUCAUCACACUGGGUGCCAAGAAGAAGGAGAAGACCAAACCUCGUAAAGACGCUCACCUGUUCUCUGUCGGCGCCAUCACCUGGUCCGUCACCGCACGGGACUUUGGCCAAUCAGCAGACGUGGACUGUCUCUUGGGCGUGUCCAACGAGUUCAUCAUUUUAAUAGAGGAGCAGUCUAAGAACGUAGUCUUCAACUGCUCCUGUCGUGAUGUCAUCGGAUGGACGUCUGGGAUUAUGAGCAUCAAGGUCUUCUACGAGAGAGGAGAGUGUGUGAUGUUGUCUGCUCAGGAUGGCUGUGAAGAAGAUAUACGAGAAAUGGUGCAGAGACUAGAGAUAGUGACGCGUGGUUGUGAGACAUCUGAGAUGACGCUGCGUCGGAACGCACUGUGCCAGCUGGGUUUCCACGUCAACUUCGAGGGCAUCGUGGCCGACGUCGAGGCCUUCGGGUUCGCUUGGAAGGCGGGGCUUCGCCAGGGUAGCCGGUUGGUGGAGAUCUGUAAGGUUGCCGUAGCAACGCUGACCCACGAACAGAUGAUCGACCUGCUGAGGACCUCCACCACCGUCAAGGUGGUCAUCAUCCAGCCUCAUGACGAUGGAGCACCACGCAGGGGCUGUUCUGAGCUGUACCGUAUCCCCAUGGUAGAGUACAAGUUGGACAGUGAGGGGACGCCAUGUGAGUACAAGACCCCGUUUAGACGAAACACCACCUGGCACAGGGUGCCCACGUCAGCAGGUCAGCCUUCCAAUCCCAACACCAACCCCCCUGCCCGGUGCUCCCCCACCCAGAGACACCCCGACCGGGCAGGCAGAGACAGGAUGGGACAGCAGGUCCUCCAGCAGGGACAGACUGCUAUCCCACGAUCCACCUCCUUCGAUAGAAAGCUGCCAGACGGAUCCAG